AUGUCUUUCGCGUUUCCUUUCGUAUCUACAUUUCUUACCAUUUCAUAUUCCAUAUUCAUUUAUCUUUCUCAUACCUACUUGUUUUCAUAUUCCUUGAAAUCUGUCCUCUCUUCCUUCUGUUAUAGGCAACCCCUUGGUCUCCCCUUUUCUAGUAGGCAACCCCUUGGUCUCUCCUUUUCUAGUAGGCAACCCCUUGGUCUCUUCUUUUCUAGUAGGCAACCCCUUGGUCUCUCCUUUUCUAGUAGGCAACCCAUUGGUUUCUUGCAUUUAUUGGUUCGUCUUUCGUCUCUUUGUUUUCUUUUAUUGGUUUCUUACCUUUUAUUGGUUCCUCUUUGCUCCCUCCCACUCUUUUGUUCUUUUAUUGGUUCCUCUUUUCCCUCCCACUCUUUUGUUCUUUUAUUGGUUCCUCUUUGCUCCCUCCCACUUUUGUUCUUUUAUUGGUUCCUCUUUGCUCCUCUCCCCUCUUUUGUUCUCUUUUUUUGGUUCCUCUUUGCUCCCUCCCACUCUUUUGUUCUUUUCCCUCUUUUGCUCCCUCCCACUCUUUUGUUUUUAUUGGUUCUUUUUCUUUUUGUUCUUUUAUUGGUUCUCUUUGCUCCCUCCCACUUUUGUUCUUUUUUUGUUUCUCCCUUUUCUUUUGUUCUUUUAUUGGUUCCUCUUUGCUCCCUCCCACUCUUUUGUUCUUUUAUUGGUUCCUCUUUGCUCCCUCCCACUCUUUUGUUCUUUUAUUGGUUCCUCUUUGCUCCCUCCCACUCUUUUGUUCUUUUAUUGGUUCCUCUUUGCUCCCUCCCACUCUUUUGUUCUUUUAUUGGUUCCUCUUUCCCUCCCCCUUUUUUGUUUUUUAUUGGUUCCUCUUUGCUCCCUUCUUUUGUUCUUUUAUUGGUUGUAUCCUCCCACUUUUUGUUCUUUUAUUGGUUCCUCUUUAUUUCUUUUGUUCUUUUAUUGGUUCCUCUUUGCUCCCUCCCACUCUUUUGUUCUUUUAUUUUCCUCUUUAUUACUUUUUUUGUUCUUUUACAUUUCUUUUCUUCCACUUUGUUUUUUUUUUUUGAUCAUUUUUCUUUCAUAAUUCCAUGUUCGCCUACAUUUUCUUUGAUUCGUUUUAUUCUUCUCUCUUUUCUCGCUCUCUCUCUCUUUUCUUGCUCUCUCUCUCUUUUCUCACUCUCUCUCUCUCUUUUCUCACUCUCUCUCUCUCUUUUCUCACUCUCUCUCUCUCUUUUCUCACUCUCUCUGUGUCUUUUCUUGCUCUCUCUGUCUUUUCUUGCUCUCUCUGUCUUUUCUCGCUCUCUCUGUCUUUUCUUGCUCUCUCUGUCUUUUCUCGCUCUCUCUCUGUCUUUUCUCUCUCUGUCUUUUCUCACUCUGUCUUUUCUCACUCUCUCUUUUCUCGCUCUGUCUUUUCUCGCUCUCUCUUUUCUCUCUCUCUCUUUUCUCACUCUCUCUCUGUCUUUUCUCACUCUCUCUCUGUCUUUUUCUCUCUCUCUGUCUUUUCUCACUCUCUGUCUUUUCUCACUCUCUCUUUUCUCACUCUCUGUCUUUUCUCACUCUCUCUUUUCUCCUCUCUGUCUUUUCUCCUCUCUCUUUCUCUCUCUCUCUCUGUCUUUUCUCACUCUCUCUUUUCUCACUCUCUCUGUCUUUUCUCCUCUCUCUGUCUUUUCUCACUCUCUCUUUUCUCACUCUCUCUCUGUCUUUUCUCUCUCUCUGUCUUUUCUCACUCUCUCUCUGUCUUUUCUCACUCUCUCUUUUCUCACUCUCUCUCUGUCUUUUCUCCUCUCUCUUUUUCUCUCUCUGUCUUUUUCUCUCUCUCUGUCUUUUCUCCUCUCUCUCUCUGUCUUUUCUCUCUUUCUCUCUGUCUCUUUCUCUCUCUCUCUCUUUUCUCCUCUCUCUCUCUCUUUCUCCUCUCUCUCUCUCUCUCUCUCUCUCUCUCUCUCUCUCUCUCUCUCUCUCUCUCUCCUCUCUCUCUCUCUCUCUCUCUCUCUCACUCUCUCUCUCUCUCUCUCUCUCUCUCUCUCUCUCUCUCUCUCUCUCUCUCUCUCUAUCUGUCUUUUCUCACUCUCUCUUCCCUCUCCCCUCUCUCGAUUGCUUUAUUUUUUCAUUUAUAUUUUAUAUCUUUAUCCUUAA